UAUUUUACAUGUUCCACUCUUUUUGCAACCUGUGCCUCUGCGUUAGCCCCUGAACAAAAAUUUCUACACCCGCCCCUGAAAAGAGCUGUCCAUUGGAUUGAGCCCUUUUUUUUCAUUUUUCCACCCCACCCAGGAGGCACCUUAAACCUCCAUUCCUAUAGGUGUCACUAGAGUCGAACAUCCCCCCCACCUUCUACUCCACUCCUCAUCCUCCUCCCAUCCAGUGAACCUCCGCGAAAGGGUGUGCAUUUUGAAGGUUGUAUGAAGCUCUAACAUCACUGCAAACCGGACUAGUCGCCAGUUGUCUUGAGAAGCUAAGACAAGUGUCUGAAGAAGCCGGCUCAUCCCGAGUCUUCCCCUUCUUGCCUCAAACGCCGAGACGGUCCAAGGUCUUUCCCACCUCAGGCGUACGAUGGAGAUGCCGCAUACUCGGAAAUUAGCAUUAAAAAGUUAAAAUACAUAUGGCAAAAUGCGGUGUGGCAGCAGUGAUGGAUUUCAUCAAGGUCAGUGUCUGAAAUCAUCCGCCUCACAGAAGAGUUUCUCGGGCCGUCGGAAAGCAAGAAGUGGCGAGGAGGGGAUGCUGCUGUGUCUCUGCCUUCAGCAUCAAGUGACAUCUUGCACUGACUAAGGAUAUUGAUAGUCACAAACACUGAAGUGGGAAAACUUGUCAGAAACCGCUCCGAGAAAACAACCAGGUUAUCUGCUUCUGCAUUGUUGUCUGAGCCAUUUUAGAAAUAAACCAUUUCCAGCAUCUUGGCGUCCAUUGCUUUCCAUUAACAACGGCCUGUGUCGGUGUGACGGUUUACCUGACAACGAACUACGGUGAAGUCAAGCUAGCUAACGGUGCAUGACCGAGUUGGCCGUUGGUUCGGUUUAAACAGCCGAACCGACCGCUGAAGUUGCGUGUUUAGCGGCUGAAGAGUUGGCGAACUGUCACAACGUUACAAAGUUUUUUUCGUUUUUUUUCUUAACCAAAUCAACUUCCUUAAACUUCAUUCGUGUUGGAAACGGACUUUUCUAAACUACUUGUUUCCCCUGUCAUACCGCCUUUGUUUUAAACAACAAUGCCCCCGAGGAAAGGCUCCCGCUGCCCGACCGGCUUCGGUAGGAGUUUACCGGAGCUGGGUCUGCUCCUGCUGACGGUGUUUGUGUUAUUGGAGGGCUCCGUGCUUUCUCUCGGCGCUGCCAGCUCUCCGGAUACCAGCCAUCAUGAAAAAUUGGACAACAAACAUGUGGAAGAAAAACAUAACAAGAACACAACGAAGGCUUUCCCUGUACUCAGCUUCGAGUACGAAAACAUCAGAACACCCUUUGAAAUCUCACUAUGGGUGCUUCUUGCCUCUUUAAUGAAAUUAGGGUUCCAUCUGGUUCCUCGUCUGUCCAGUAUUGUGCCAGAGAGCUGUCUGUUGAUAGUGCUUGGCCUGCUGGUUGGAGGGCUCAUCAGACUAGCUGGAGAAAAGGUUCCACCUGUGCUGGACUCUAAAUUGUUCUUCCUCUACCUUCUGCCCCCCAUUAUCCUGGAUGCUGGCUAUUUCCUGCCCAUCCGUUCCUUUAUGGAGAAUGUUGGUACAAUCCUGAUGUUUGCUGUUGUGGGAACUUUAUGGAAUGCCUUCUUUAUUGGUGGCUUGCUAUACGCUGUGUGUCAGAUCAAGGCAGCCAACCUCUCUCACAUUGAACUUCUGCCUUGCCUGCUGUUUGGCUCCAUCAUCUCAGCUGUGGAUCCUGUGGCUGUGCUUGCUGUGUUUGAGGAGAUUCACAUCAAUGAGCUGCUGCACAUCCUGGUGUUUGGUGAAUCAUUGCUCAAUGACGCUGUAACUGUGGUUCUGUACCACCUUUUUGAGGAGUUUGCUGGCAAAGGGACAGUGACAGUGUUGGACUGCUUCCUUGGAGUAUUCUCCUUUCUCAUCGUUGCACUGGGCGGUGUUCUAGUGGGAAUCAUCUAUGGGAUCUUGGCUGCAUUCACCUCGCGCUUCACAUCCCACACCCGCGUCAUCGAGCCACUUUUUGUCUUUGUAUACAGCUACAUGGCCUACUUGUCAGCUGAAGUUUUCCACCUGUCCGGCAUCAUGGCGUUAAUAGCUUGCGGAGCAGUGAUGCGACCCUAUGUGGAGGCUAAUAUAUCCCACAAGUCCCACACCACCAUAAAGUAUUUCCUGAAAAUGUGGAGCAGCGUCAGUGAGACAUUAAUCUUCAUCUUUCUCGGUGUAGCCACGGUGGAUGGAAAGCACUCCUGGAACUGGACCUUUGUCACAUGCACGGUCAUCCUGUGUCUGGUUGCACGAGUCAUAGGCGUGGUUGGUCUGACCUAUAUUAUCAACAAGUUCCGCAUUGUAAAGCUGACCACCAAGGAUCAGUUCAUCGUGGCCUACGGAGGACUUCGAGGUGCCAUUGCUUUCUCCCUUGGUUUCCUGUUAGACGAGGAUCACUUUGCCAUGAGAGAGCUUUUCCUCACCGCCAUAAUCACAGUUAUCUUCUUCACUGUCUUUGUUCAGGGCAUGACCAUCAAACCCUUGGUGGAGCUUCUGGCCGUGAAGAAGAAGCAGGAAGCCAAGCGCUCGAUCAAUGAGGAGAUCCACACUCAGUUCCUUGAUCACUUACUGACCGGAAUCGAAGAUAUCUGUGGACAUUAUGGGCAUCACCACUGGAAAGACAAACUGAACCGCUUUAACAAGAAGUAUGUGAAGAAGUGCCUGAUAGCAGGUGAACGCUCCAAGGAGCCACAGCUCAUCGCUUUCUACCACAAAAUGGAGAUGAAACAGGCCAUUGAGCUGGUGGAGAGCGGAGGGGGAGUCAAGCUGCCUUCUGCUAUGCCUUCCACGGUUUCCAUGCAGAACAUUCAACCCAAGAAGCUUCCUGCUCCUAAACCUACAGAGAGAGCUCUGCCACAGUUAACCAAAAGCCGAGAGGAGGAGAUCAGGAAAAUCCUCAGGACCAAUCUUCAGAGGACACGACAGAGGCUUCGCUCCUACAACAGACACACUCUGGUGGCUGAUCCUUUUGAAGAUGGAUAUAAGGACUUACUUCUGAAGAGGCAAAGGAUGAUGGAAAUGGAGAAAAAGAUAAAAGAGAUGAAUAACUACCUGACCUUGCCUGCUGCUCCUUCUGACUCCCCCACCAUGCGCAGAGCCAGACUGGCCUCAGGCAGAGAUACUCAUAUCAAACCUGAUCAGCAGCAAAAAGGUUCAGAUCCGCAGGCUUACAACAUGGCGCCGAGGUCAGAUGGCGUGCCGACCAUCCAGGUGGACCUGGCAUCUCCACAGUCUCCAGACUCUGUUAACCUCUUGGAUGAAUUUGGACAUGGUGAUCAGCAGGGACAAAAGGAGGACGACCAAGGCCUGAUGAUGAAGCCUCCUCCAGGGUCAAGUGGACCAAACAAGCAUGGUGAGGAAAAUGAAGCAAGAGAUCAGCAGAAGCUAAUGAGGUGUCUGAGUGACCCCGGUCCCAGUGCAGACGAGGAUGAGGACGAACCUUUCCUGCCGUGAGAUACCACAGACAGAGAGGUCAGGCUGCAUGCCUCGGCUUCACCGGUUAAAGGAUCUCUUUGGUUCAGAAAACCAAACAAGCCAAAAUUGCAAAUGCUGUAAGAACUGGAUGAAACACAAAACGGAAGAGCCUGAGAAAACAGAGCCAUCACUUAGUUAUUAGUUUAUUCUUUAUUUGAUAGGAGUGGAACAGCAGCUGCUGGGGCUGCCUAAGACAUGGUGGAUUUUAUGUUCGAGACAUUCAGAAAAGAACUAUGCAUUACCAAAGGUUUGGACUGUUUUAGGGUUUUUAAUUUUGUGUCAAUUGUUUCUUUUGUUUUUGUUUUUUUCUCAGUGAUUGCACAGUUGUUAAGUUUAAAUUUAAUCAUAGUUUCAAAACCUUUGUUCUGUCACUUGAAGUUGCUGGAUACUCAAACAUUUACACGUAGCUUUUAUAAAAUAUUUGGCCUUAUAUCAUGUCAAAACUUGUCACUUGGUGCAUUUUUUUCUGUCUUUUUUAAUUCAACAUAUUUUUAUCACUUUGCUCAAAGUAAAUGUAUUUAGACACUGAGCAAACCGCUGUGUCUAAGAACCACAACAGACCGCCUGACCUUGUUGUGUGGCUGUAUGGAGGAGUUCUAUGGACAUCAAAAAUCCCUCAAUUCACUGAGGGAGUUCAUUGAGUUUUAAACUAUAAACAGAGUCAAAUUGAAAGCUUUGUUGCACCCAUGUUUUGGUUUGCCAUCAUGCAUUCUUCCUCAUUACUUUUCUUUGUAGAGGUUUUAGGUUUUACCUCAGUCAGGGGUGGACUUCUGGCCAUCCCCACACACUUUCUCCCGCCUCAUAUUUAAAAUGUGUCUUUAGCUUGUACAAGAAUGUUUUUAUGGCACCUAACCUUGUUCAAAUCUAAGACAGAAGGCAUGUCCUGGCAAGAAAAGUAAUUCUAUGCAGUACAGAUGUAUAAGGUUUGUAUAAUCUUCUAUUAAUGACUGCCCUUUAAAAGUCUUUUUAUCUCAUCUCGUGCUAAAACCCAAACUAAAUUCAAACACGGGCAUUAACAGAGAGUCAUUCAAAACAAUUGACUAGACAUUUUGCAGCUUUUGAUAAGACUCAGAAGUUAUUUUUAUGCCCAGAAACUGUUUUUGUUUUGCUCAUAAACAAAUUGUGAAGACAUUAUAUUCAUAUUUCCACUUUGUUUUGUAUUCCAUCAUUUGAUGGAGUGGACUUCUAAUGAUGUCCUCUUGUCUUCUGUUGUGGACACAUGAUUUCUGCCAUGGGUGAUUUUUGUUUAAAACAAAUCAAAACAGGAAACAUUCCUAAACUAACGUCUAAAAAACAACUCUUACAUGAAUCCUGUAAAGGUGGCAUAAUUAUUAAGAGAAAAAGAUUAAAAUUAAACGUAUUAACUGUAAUUCUUGAAUAAUGGUCAGUGUAAAGUAUACAAUAUGUCUUUUUUUUACACUCCUUUCCAGUAAAUUGGAAUAUGACACACUUUAAAUUAGUGACCUUAUUAAUGUUAUGAUUUAUAUUCAGUUAAACAUCUUGAUGAAAGAAGGUAUCAUGCUGACUUAUGUAGUACAGAACAUCUUGUGCCACAAUUUAAAUUCAUUUUGAAAUUUGACUUCACACCCAGAAAUAUUUUUUUCACUUCAUUCAAAGACCUCAUUGUGGAGAGCGAACUUCAGCUUUGUAACCCAGUCUGACUGAAGUAGCUCAAGUGGGUCAUUGUUCUUGUUUUCUGGGUGUUAGUGACGGCUGAAUUUUUCCUGCUCGUCUUUCAUCCAGAGAGCUCACAUUACAGUUGAAGUUUAAGAGCAGAGACGCCCAGCAGGCUUGCUCACUUCCUUCUGCUCCUCUUUUAAGUAUCUGUAAAUGGUUUGCUGUGGUUUUUAUAGAAAGGGCUACAGGGGGUUUUGUUUGUUCACACAUGAACUAAUGUAAAUAUGUAAAACAGUGGAAACUGGGAGUGCUUGCUCAUAUCCAGAGGGUUUGGUUCUACUUUUCUUUCUUUCUUUUUGUCUUUCUUUGCCAUGCCAUGACAACAUACGUGCUCUCCACUUUCUGAGAAGGUAGAUACUGCUAAGAGAGGUGUACUGGCAAGCUUGUUUAGGAUCGUUCAAAGUCAAAAGGAUUGUUUAAAAUACUGAAUUAAAUAAACCAAAUGACAAUGGGAUUGUUUUUCCAAACCCUGAAGUUCCUUUAAAUAAAAAACAAAAAGCAGCAUUGAAUUUAUCAGUCUAAAAUGGUGAACAAGAAGCUGUGCUGCUGGGACUCAUUCUAUAGUUUUUUUUUUAGAUUCUCUGAGUCAGGUGGGUCUGAUUAUUGCUUAGGAGUGUUGCACUUCUUGAACUACUUCUGCUUGUGAAUGUGUAGCUGUGUUAAAGAAAAGUGGAAUGUCCAUACUACAUGAUUGUUUGGGGAUGAGGAUAAAUUAAGGGAUUUUUUUUCAAAAUUAUAUUUAUAAAUUAUAUUUAUAUUUCAAAGCUAUAUCCAAAAGAAAUUUAUUGUUUACUUAACAUUAUUCCAAAGACUUUAGUUUCUAUAAGAUAAAAUAAACACUAUUUUCAUAUUUUUUUUUUUCAUACCAUUUUUGGGCAAACAUUGUCGCGCUCCUUGGAGAGUAAUGUUUGGUGCAGGAAACCUAUCUGAAGCCAUGCAGCCUAUCGAAGAACCUAUUUUAUUGUAUUCAUAUGUAAUACAUUACAUAUGAAUUGUAUUACAAGUUUUGGUGCUUGUAACUUGCUAUGUAUGCAUCAGCUUUGUCUUUGAUUUGCUUUAACUCAAACAAAACCCUUUAAAUCAUCGUUUCUUUUCCUCAUAAGAAUGCUUUAUAUCAGUGGAAACACAUUGAAUGUUUUCCUGCAAAAGAAAGUAAUGGUUGUUUUUGUUGGAAGAUAACACCAACACUGUGGCCUCAUCUGCAUUUACCAGCCUUCUUUUUUUACAUGCUCAAGUCAUUGUAGAUUAUUUCAGAGUUCUUUGCUUGUAUGGUCAUGUAUUGUAUCUGGAAGUGUGCAUUAUGUCACUCUGUUUUCUUUUUUUUUCAAUACAUAUUUCAUGCUCAAACCCGGUGAUCCUAAUGUUAAUUUGUUUUCCUGGACAAGGUUAACUAGAUCCAUCAAUAACAAAUCAGUUACAACGUAGAAUGAGGUUAAGUGUGCUGUGGUGACUUCAUCAAUCAAGAUAUUUAUGAUAGUAGUUUAAAACAAAAUAAAGACAGACACGGGAUAACAACAACAAAACAACGAAAACAUGCCAAAACACUGGUAUCAUAAUAUUUAACCAGUCAUUUUAACAGCCACACUAUCAAUUAUAACAUGCAGUGCUCACAGUGAGACACACACUUCCAUGUCAUCAAAUAACAGGGCUUGCUGUGUCAUUCCUCCACUGUAUGGUGACUUUUUCUCCCUUGUUUAUGUCCUCUUUCUCCAAUUUGCCUGAUCCAGCUCCCACUGCAUGACACUGUUUUACUAACACUGAGCACUUUAAUUAAGCUGUACCUUAAUCUCAAAACAGAUGUUAGAGAGAGCAAUAAAAUGCUUUAAAUGUAGUUUACACAUCGUUCAUCAGGUGACACAUCAUGGGGUAAAGGACUGUGCUUUAUGAUGGACCUUAAUACAAGGAUGGGUUCAAGCUGGGAGUUAAAAUCUUAGCGAGUGGUGUGACUUUGUGACAAAGUGGAUCAUUUACUAAUUUUGUUUCCUUUAACUUCAUGUGUUGUUUGAAUGUAUGUCAAGCAAUUUAUCAAUUACAGUUUGUAAAUUUCAGUUGUAAAAGGAUAAUUUAUUUUUCAUUUAUUUGUUCACACAAAUGGGAAUAUACUGUAUAUAAGAAAACAAAAUAAAUGUAUUAGAAAUUUAAUAUAUGAUGUACAAAUCAGAAUCUGAAUAACGUAAAGUCUGCACUUUCUUGUAAUCUAGUAAUCAUCUGCUCUCAGAAUUCCAUUGCAAUGACUUAUGUUCAGAAAUAUACAUUAAAGGUUUACUUUAUAACAC